AUGAAUCAGAAUGAAUGGCAGAAACAUGCACCGUCACCAAAAUAUAUUCCGCGAGUUAGUUAUGCUCCUGGGUCGAAGAAAUGGGGAUUAGCGCCUAUAAAAGCAAUUAAGUUAGAAAAGGUUGAAUCUAGACCAUCUACGAAAUAUAAACGUCUGGUUGGAAGAGAUGAAAAAAAGUUAGAAAAGGGCGAUACAGUUCGUUACUUACUUGCCAAUGGAGAAUGGGAAGGAGUAACGGAAAAUGAACCUGUAUUAUACUAUCUUGAAGGCAAUGAAUUUUCACCAAAGCGUGGAUUUGUGAAAGAGGAACUUUUCCAAGUAGAUUUAGAAAAGCUUCAAUACCCACCCCAAAGUAUAUUAUCGGAAAAGAAUCAUCCCCGAUUAGUUCAUUUUAUUCUGGUUUUAAAUAAUGAUCUAGAUCAAGCUUGUACCUAUGCUAAGAAACAUGGAAGUUGUCUUGAAAAAACCGGUCGAAUUAAUGAUGAGGAAAUUAUUCACAAUUUUACUAAACGAGAUGAAGAAAGCUCAGCAUCAAAAGCCCAAAAAAACUGA